AAGAAGGCGGGGCAUAUAUAUGUAGCUAACACGAUUGUUACUAACAGUAGGCAAUACAGCUGUGUGAAGACAUAUAUGGUAAUUCGCAGAAUCAUAUCCGUAUACCUUGUUAGCGUUUUAGCUAGCUAGAUAUAAACGUUAUAUGACUAUCUUAUGAUGUCGGCGGCGAGUCAAGCAGAAAGAGCCGUCUUGGAAGAAGAAUUCAAAUGGCUUUUGAAAGAGGAAGUCCAUGCUGUCCUGAAGCAGCUGAAGGAUAUAUUGAAGGAGGCAUCGCGCCGCUUUUCAAUGCCAGCAGGAGGUCUGGAAAGCCAACUUAAACAAGAAAAUUUCAUUCUGGGUAGUUCAACCAUGGACCAAGUGAAAGGAGUGCUAACAUUACAAGGGGAAGCUUUAACCCAGGCUGAUAUCAAUUUGAAGAUGCCCAAAAGUAAUCAAGUAAUGCAUUUUGCAUUUCGGGAUGACAAGCAAUGGAAAAUGCAGCAGAUUCAGGACGCCAGGAACCAUGUGAAUCAGGCUCUUCAGCUGCUGAAUAGCCGCGAUGAGAGUUACCACUUUAAAACAGGGGCAGAAGUUAACAAGCUAAUGGACGCAGUGAUGAUGCAGUUAACGCGGGCUCGUAAUCGUCUCACCACCCCAGCCACUAUGACACUGCCUGAGCUGGCCUCCAGUGGCCUCAUGAAAAUGUUCGCACCCCCAAUGCCCGGAGAUCUGAUGGUGAAUUUCUACAUCAACCUCAGCAAGCUGUGUCUGACUGUCUAUCAGCUGCACGUCCUGCAGCCUAACACUACCAAGAAUUUUAAACCUGCUGGAAGUUCAGUUCUGCACAAUCCUGGUUCAAUGUUUGAAGUCAACAACACAAAAUUUGAAGUUAGCCACGUGCACAAAGUGGAGUGUGUAGUCCCCUGGCUCAACGACACCUUGGUGUUCUUUACAAUCUCCCUGCAGCUCUGCCAGCAGCUGAAAGAUAAGAUUUCUGUGUUUUCCAGUUAUUGGAACUAUGGACCAUUCUAGUCAAGGCCUGUUGCUGUUUUCUGCUGGUCAAAGCUAUCUUGUGUAGUUGUCGAUAUUUAUGAAGGCUACACCAUACAGAAAGAAAAUUGUAGAGCACAUUAAACAAAGCAUCCUCAGCUCUUUGUUGUAAGCUGAUUUGAGGUCUGUCAGAGCCAAUAAGGCCUAAGACUUUGCUGAUACCUGCCACUGUCUUUAUUGUGGUUUGAUCAGAGGGAGCAAUUUAAAUUCAGGUACACAAAAUUCUUUAAUGUCAAUAUAUGUCUUUGCCGAGAAGUUUGGAACAUGUCCAUCUGUGAAAGCUCACUGUCUGUCUUGCAUAUUCGUGCUGUUCCGUGUGCUGUUUCAGUAUUUUAUAUUAUUGCUUGUGGUUCUGUAUUUUAUGGGCUAAUUAGUUAUCUAAAUAAGUACUCAUUAGAAAAGGGACCCUAAAAUAUAAUGCUUAACACUUCCACAUUUAAUUUAUUUUCUCACAAUAAGCUUAAUCUCUACAUAAACCAAACUUUAUUUUAUUUUUAUUUUUUAUUUUUUAAUUCAGUGUCAUCCCAUGUCAACACAUGAGCAGUACAACUGCCACUGUGAAACAGAAGUUGUACCAUUGUUAAGUGUAGGCGAUGGCAUAGAAGGAUAUAGAUGGCAAUUGAUUUAUAAUUGUUUUAUAUUUAUAAUCGGUUAUAUUUAUUUAUUUAUUGAAAUGCAAUGAAUUACUAUGCAUUUACUUGUUUAUGUGCUGUUUUUUGUGUUGCCCUCACCCAAUUCCCUGUUGACUGAAUCAUAUUUCAUGAAAAAAAAAAACUAAAAAUGAGGGUUAGAGUAAGCCAUUGUAAUGCGUUACAAUGCAUGUGGACCAAAUUUUUGUGCAAUAAAUAUGUAUAACAAAACAA